UACCCAUCAGGCUGGCACAGAGAGAGGGUUGGCAGGGUUGCUGUAUCGGAUAUCGGUUCGGACUUUGGGCACCGCAAUUGUGUUGAUUUGCAGGAACCCAAAAUGUGUAACGAGAAGACCGCGACCUACUGGACCGGGGGGGGGAGUGACUCCCACAAUGAAGACGACGCUCCCCCCUCCCUGUGUCUGAUGGGCGGACAGAUGGACAUGGCCUGUAACCUAGCAACCGACCCCCGACCCCUCACCAACGUCAGGGUUUAUCUCCCCCUUCAAAAAACCUUGCGGAACCUUCGGCUGUUGGACCUUCGGCUCAAGUACAACUCCCAGCAGGUCCGACUCCCGGCGGGUCAGCAGGAGUCCAGUUCCAGCUCGGAUGAGAGUGACCCCAAAGCCCCAGAACCCAGGGAGGAAGAGGAGGAAGAUGAAGGGCAAGAGAAGGACAGGGCGUCCCUCAUCCAACUGCUCACCCUGUGCCACUGCCAACUGCAACAAUACGAGGAGCUGAAGCGACAGUCGCAGCGACAGUCACAGAUGCUGUGGGAGGCGCAGGAAACCAUCGGGCACCUACGGGACAGCGUCGCCGCUCUGCACUGCGCAAACGCCCAGAAGGAGGAGGAGCUCUUUUUCCUGUGGGAGGAGCUAAUCCAGUGCAAGCGGCUCUUACGGGAAAAGACGGAGCGGAUCACGGACAUGAGGGAAAUGUUCAGGAACUUUGGGGAACAUCUGGGAAAGAGGGGUUCAACCCCCCAAUCUAAUGAGCAUUUGGGAGCAGAGAAUCCAGUGACUGAGGAUCCCAAUUCCAAGAUCUGUGUGAUCCUGUGAUUCUGCCCCUUCUCCAUCCUCAUUGGCCCAGGCCCCUACCCCCUGAUCCAUUUAGGUUGGACAGCGUAGCUCCUCCCCCUCAGUUCUACUGCCAAAUAUAUCCACAAGUAUCCAGCAGGGGGCGACCCCCUAAAGCUGCCACCUUAGCAGCCAAUCGGCAACAGUAAAUGAAAGAAGAGAUAUGAUUGGUUGCUGUUGGUUACUGCUGCAUUACCCCAGGCAGUGGGCAAAUUCUCUAUUGAGAUGCCCCCAGGCAACUUAUUUCCCACCUUGGCUAUUGUAACCCCCCGCCCCCUUCUGUAGCACUUAUACUGACCCCUCUGGGCUUCCUUACAAUUCAGUCUCUUGACCCAAAUUCCUUCCCAGUUUAUCAUGUCAGCACGGUGGCACCUGGGAAUCCGGUACCAAACCCAAUUAGCAAUUGCUUGGUUCUGUAGGACUAAAUGUAUGGCUGCAAUCAGACAAUAAUCUGACAGAACUGGUCUCCAUUGGACUCUACCUCAAAACUGUCAUUUACUCACUGCCGCCCAGUGCAGAGAAUGUGACUGGUACCGGUACUGAUUGAACUCCCAGAAGGCUCAGCGGUUCUUUAUUUACUUACUAAUAAACA